ACCGGACCACCCAAGGCCAUUGGUCAUUCCGCUGCAUGUCUAUCAGAUUGGCGCGAGGGUAUUAGCCAGUUUGCGGUGAUGAUGAAGCAUACUUCGAAGAGGAAGCCUCUUCUUGUAGUCCUCAUGUUAUCUUGCCUUCUUCUUCCCCUGGUUUCCUCUGUGCCUCUGUCCAGAAGCCUGUCCUUGAGGAACCACCGGCAGACGUCCGACUCUGGUCUGGAGGGUGUGGUAGGCGCUGCGGAUCAAGGGCGAAACCUCGGCGAGGUGGCGGCGAGGAUGGCCAUCGAGGUCAAUGACUACCCUGGAUCCGGCGCCAACAACCGCCAUGAACCAAAGAGCCCUGGGAGAGCAUGACGUCUCUGCAGCUCGGAGGAAAGGAUCAGGGCGUCAAGUCUUCAGAACCUUUGUAGGAGAGUGUCGUUACUCGUUAGGUAUAAAUUGUAGAGACUAAUGAGUCUUGUCUAGUACUUACGUAAUCGUCGUCAGUGGCGGUCCAGCCUAAGCUAGCAUAUUAGGGUCAUCACCUACGCACUGUCGGAUCGAUCGAGUGGACGUACGAGCUACCAUAGCUGCUACCUGCACCGGCCUCUCGAUUAAAAAGAAAGAAGCUUUUCAAGCCUUUUCUAUAUGUAUGUCAAGUCAAUAUCUGUAACUCGGUUCCCCCCAUACAUUUUAAUUUCGUACUACGCAAUGUCAA